UCCACAAGGACGAAAAAUGAUCGUAUCUUAGAGAUACUGUAUAUUAAAACUGUACCAAGUAUCUAAACAGGUGUAAUACUUUAAUACAAGUAAAAAAAAAAGCCUCAAUAGUCGAAGUCAUGGAAGUGACUAGGGAUCUCUAUCGCCGAUAUGAUCGCUCAAUGCACUCCCUACGAGAUUUCUAAAGGAGAUGGCUUCCCCGAAAACAUCUGCGACUCUUGCCUGCGAUGUGCACGAUCCGCCUUUGAUAUACGGCAGACAAUUGAAAAGAGCCACCAGAAGAUACUCCAGCUGAAGAACCGUGAAGUCUUAACCGCCAAUCUCAGGCAGGAUGUUUGCUCUCCUGAGAUUAAAAAACCGCACAAAUGUACCUACUGUCAAAAGGAGUUUAAGAAAAAAUGGAUUCUUCAGGAACAUAUGCGGGGAAAACACACGGGAGAGCGGCCGUAUAAGUGCCCCCAGUGCUCGAGUUCCUUUUCCUAUGUAAGUUCUUUAAAGGCACACAUCACAUUUUUGCACUCAGAAGAGAGACCGUAUAAGUGCUCCCAAUGCUCGAAGUCGUUUAAAAGAUCCUGUCACCUUCAUAGACAUAUCCGUACUCACACAGGGGAGAGACCGUUUAAGUGCUCUCAAUGUUCAAAGUCAUUUCCCAAUAACAGAAAUCUUCAGUUACAUAUCCGAACUCAUACGGGAGAGCGACCGUAUAAGUGUCCCCAAUGUCCACAGUCGUUUACCCAGAAAUCUAAUCUUAAGCCACACAUUCUAACACAUACGGGAGAGCGACCGCAUUCGUGCACCCACUGCUCGAAGUCGUUUUCCAAGAAACCAUUACUUGUGAUACACAUCAGAACUCACACGGGGGAGAGACCGUAUAAGUGCUCCCGCUGCUCGAAGUCCUUUGCCACACAAGCAGGUGUUCAAAGACACAAUCUAACUCAUACGGGAGAGCGGCCGCAUAAGUGUUCUCUUUGUUCGAUGUCGUUUUCCCAGAGUUCUAGUCUUUAUAGACACCUGUUAACACACAGGAAGAAUAAAAUUGGAAAUGAAAACGUCGAUCUGGGAUCAAUUGCUGGGACCUCACAGAAAAAAUAACGGAAUAGACACUGCCACCUAUAGUCUAAAAUCUUAUCUUAUUUUAUUUAAUAACCUUAAUUUAGUACGUCUUAAAACAUAUUUAAGUCCUUGAAAAAUAAAUAAAUUUCAUAUGAGCAAAAUCUCAAAUUCUUAAAAAAAAAACGAAAAACCUGUGCGUGUCUAAAACUAUAUCUAAUUUUAACUUAUAAUAAUUUUUUUUUAAUACGUUUUAAAAUAUAUUUAAGUCCUUUGAAAAUAAAU